AUGAGUAAAGAAUCUCAAGUAAAUAAAUGUGAUAGAUAUACUUGGUCUCAAACAUUAAACGAUUGUACAUUGUCAAUCAAAUUGGAAAAUCCAGUCAAAUCAAAAGAUUUAUUUAUUAAAAUUGACAAUGACCAUCUCACAGUAAAGAAUCUAAUAACAAAUGAUACAAUUAUUGAUGGUAAAUUAUAUAAAAAUGUUAAAAAAUCAGAUUGUAAUUGGACUUUAGAAAGUGGUAAAAAUUUAGAAAUUGAAUUAUUUAAAUUAAAAGGACAAGAAUGGUGGAGUUGUAUUAUUCAAGGCGAAUCAGAGAUUGAUGUUACACAAAUUAAACCACAAAAUUCAUCUUUAUCAGAUUUCGAUGGUGAAACUAGAGCAAUGGUAGAAAAAAUGUUAUAUAAUCAAAAUAGAAAAGCACAAGGUUUACCAACAACUGAUGAAGAAGAAAAACAAAGAAUAUUUGAAACUUUUAAAAAUGAACACCCAGAUAUGGAUUUUUCAAAUGCAAAGUUUAAUUAA